AUGACAGUUGCAGUACCACUUUUCCUAUCAGAGAUAGCACCAACAAGAAUACGUGGAGGACUUAACAUUUUAUUCCAACUUAACGUAACCAUUGGCAUUCUCUUUGCCAACGUUGUUAACUACGGCACUGCCAUGAUCAAAGGAGGAUGGGGUUGGAGGGUUUCAUUGGGUUUGGCCGGAAUUCCUGCUAUCCUCCUAACCGUGGGAGCCCUCUUGGUGGUUGACACCCCCAACAGCCUCAUCGAGCGUGGCCAUCUUGAUGAAGGUAAAGUGGUGCUCAAAAGGAUACGCGGCAUUGACAAUGUUGAACCUGAGUACUUGGAGCUUGUCGAGGCCAGCCGUGUAGCCAAACAAGUCAAGCACCCCUUUAGAAACCUCCUCAAGAGGAGGAAUCGGUCCCAACUCAUCAUCGCUGUGGCCUUGCAGAUCUUCCAACAAUUUACCGGCAUCAACGCCAUCAUGUUCUACGCCCCGGUUCUCUUCGAUACGCUUGGAUUCAAAAACGACGCCUCCCUCUACUCCGCGGUCAUCACCGGGGCCGUCAACGUCAUCUCCACCGUCGUAUCAAUCUACUCAGUCGACAAAGUCGGCCGCCGCUUCCUUCUCCUCGAAGCCGGAGUUCAAAUGUUCCUCUCCCAAUCAGUCAUAGCCGUAAUCCUAGGCUUGAAAGUCAAGGACCACACUACCGACCUCCACAGUGGCUACGCAAUCUUUGUAGUCAUCAUGGUGUGCACUUUUGUGUCAGGCUUCGCAUGGUCGUGGGGCCCGUUGGGCUGGCUUAUCCCGAGCGAGACGUUCCCGCUCGAGACUCGCUCAGCAGGCCAGAGCGUGACGGUAUGUGUAAACUUGCUGUUCACGUUUGUGAUUGCGCAGGCUUUUCUUUCGAUGCUCUGCCACUUCAAGUUUGGGAUUUUCUUGUUCUUUUCGGGUUGGGUUUUGGUGAUGUCUUUCUUUGUGUUCUUUUUAUUGCCGGAGACGAAGAACGUGCCGAUUGAGGAGAUGACGGAGAAGGUGUGGAAGCAGCACUGGUUGUGGAAGAGGUUCAUGGAUGAUGAUGAUGAAGUAGUGGUAGAGAUUGGGAAAGUUGAUGGUGCUGCAAAGAAAAAUGGUCAUAGCAAUGGAUUUAACCAUACGUCACAGUUGUAGAACUUGAAAUUGAAGCUAUUCAGGAACAUUUUGUGGUAGAGAUUGGGAAAGUUGAUGGUGCAGCAAAGAAAAAUGGUCAUAGCAAUGGAUUUAACCAUGCGUCACAGUUGUAGAACUUGAAAUUGAAGCUAUUCAGGAAC